AUGUCCCCAACUUCCAGUUCCCUGGCUGGUAACGCUCCCAAAGUUGCUAUUGUUGGCGGUGGGUUGAUUGGCGUUAUGCUUGGUCUCGGCCUCUCGCACCGCGGUAUUCCCUUUAUCAUCUAUGAACGCGCCUCUGACUGGCAUGAGAUCGGAGCCGGCGUCGCGCUGACCAGUGUCGCGCUGAAUAGCAUGCAGCGACUACACCCAGGUGUCCUCGACGCUCUCUACCGAGUCGCCAGGCCCAAUCAUUUCAGCUUCUGGGACGGCUUCCAUCCUCAGACCAAUGAGGCAGCUCAGGCUCCCGAGGCUCUACACUUUUUACUUGAUGCUCCCGGGACUGACUAUUGGUGCUGUAUGAGAUCCCAGUUUCUCCGUGAGCUGGUGGCUCUGCUUCCUGCAGGAUCUACCUUCUUCAAUAAGGAACUCGAGAGAUAUGUCGAUGAUCCAAGCAGCCAACAGGUUCUUUUGCAGUUUACAGAUGGAACGACAGCUGAAGCAGAUGCUUUACUUGGUUGUGAUGGCAUUCAUUCAAGGACUCGCCAACUGCUCUUGGGAGAAGACGACCCGGCGUCACACGCCAGUUUCACCCAUCAGCUAGGAUACCGGGCCGUACUUCCUAUUUCCGAAGCUAUGAAGGUCUUAGGAGAUGCCAAGGGGGGUAGCGACUUUUGCAUCCAUAUCGGCCCAAACGCAUAUGUACCAUCCUAUCCUAUGUUAGAUGGGACUGAGACAGUUCUGAAUAUGACAACGGUCAUCUACACUCCCGAACCAUGGGCUCAUGGUCAGAAGAUGGUCGCACCGGCAACCCACGAAGAGGUAGCCAAAAUAUUCGAAAACUGGAGCCCACCUAUCCGCGAUAUCAUUGCCAAGUUUCCUGAGAAGCUCAUGAAAUGGGGCAUUUUUGACAUGGCUGAUCACCCUGCGCCGACGUAUGCCAGUGGCCGCGUUGCCAUAGUUGGCGACGCUGCUCAUGCCAGCACGCCAUUCCUCGGCGCUGGCGGAGCAAUGGGCAUUGAAGAUGCACUGGCAAUGGCGUCCGUGAUGCAGGCUGUUAGUGAAACGUCGACAAACACCACAUCUAUCCCAGCAGCACUACAGGCAUUCAGCGCAGUCCGCCUGGAAAGGUCACAGUGGUUGGUGCAGAGCUCGCGAGAGAUGGGAGUCAUAUUCCAAUGGCGGGAUCCUUCCGCCGGAAAUGAUGGCAGCCGAUUUAAGGAAGAGGCUGAGCUGCGGACUAGCAAGGUUUGGGACUUUGAUGCUGAUGGCAUGAUUAAUCAGAUACGUUUGGAGUUUAAUCAACGGAGAGGGGGGGUAGCAUAA